AUGAUGGAGAAAAUAAAUGAAGAGCAGAAACUUCUGGAUAUAUUUGUACAAUUAAUAAAAUUAGAAAACAUAUACGAAUUAAUAGAAAAUAAAUUAUGUUAUGAGUAUUUAAAUAAGGAUGAAUUAAUUGAGAAAGGAAUUUUAUUAAAUAAUUUAACCAUAAAGGGUAUAACAAAAUAUGAUGAAAAAAAUAAUUCAUAUAUUUUGAAAUUAGUAAAGAAGAAAAAACAUAUAGAUACAAAUGAUCUAAGUGAUGACGAAAAUUUGGAUAAUUUCCCUCAGCAUAUGUUUAGUAAAGGUAGUAUAGUACAUUUUUCGAGAAAAAGGAAGAAAUAUAUUUUAGGUUCAAGAAAGGAACAGACUUUGUCUUACAAUAUAAAAGAGAGUAAUAAAAGAAAUUGUGACGAUAAGAAUAAUACAAAGAAUAAUAUAAAUAAUAACUCAAUUAUUAAUGAUGUUGUAAGCAUUUAUGUAUGUUCUGUACAUAAAAUAAAAAAAAAUCAAAUAAGUCUUAUACUACGAAAUUCCACAGAAUUAUGUAAAGAAUUAAAUGUAAGUAAUAUGUUUAUGUUAUGUGAUAAAGGUUAUUUUGAUGUGUGCUUAGUGAGUAGUGAUAUAUCUGCACAAAGACAAAUAAACGCUAUAAAUAUUAUGAAAAGUAAUUUAGAUAAUGAAUCUGACAUUUUAAAAAUUUUGUUUUUUAACAAAUCUCCAUCUCAGAGUUCGAUACUCAAAAGGAUUAUUAAUAUAUUUGACGAGUACCAAAAAUGUGAAUCGAAAGAUUAUAAUGAUCUGUGUGAUAAUAUGAAUGACAAUAUAUGUAACAAUAUGAAUGACAAUAUAUGUAACAAUAUGAAUGACAAUAUAUGUAACAAUAUGAAUGACAAUAUAUGUAACAAUAUGAAUGACAAUAUAUGUAACAAUAUGAAUGAUAAUAUAUGUAACAAUAUGAAUGACAAUAUAUGUAACAAUACAAAUGAUAAUAUAUGUAACAAUAUAAAUGAUAAUGUGGGUGAUUAUAAUAAUAAUUAUUAUAAUCCAUGUUGUCGUGAUAAAAAUUUAGAAAAGGAUAUUCCUAUAAAGAAGGAAGAUGUUGUGGAAGAAGAAAAGAAUAUGAAUACUUAUUUUAAGCCCACUCCUUUGUGUACCCAUAAUAAUAUUAAACUAAGUAAUGAUGUUUUAAAUAAUUAUAUUUACAAAUGUGAUAAAAUAAACUGGGGUAUAAAAAAUUUAAAUAUUAAUCAAAAGAAAGCAGUUUAUUCUUGUCUUUUUUCAAAUGACAUAUUUUGUAUCCAUGGACCUCCUGGUACAGGAAAAACAACGGUGUUAUGUGAAUUAAUUUAUCAGCUAAUUCAAAGGAAUUAUAAAAUAUUAGUAACAGGCCCUAGCAAUGUAAGUGUUGAUAAUAUCUUAAGAAAAUGUGUUGAAGAUUUGAAUAUUAAGAAUGUUGUUCGUAUAGGUAUAAAAUCUAAAGUUAAAAAAGAAUUACAUAAUUAUUGUUAUGAUGAGAAGAUUAAAGAAUGUGAUAGUUAUAAAUUAUGUGAAGAUAUUGAUAAUGAAAUAGAAAAAUUAAAAUUAGAAAUUAAUAAAUUAAAAAAUAAAAAAAAAAGUGAUAAUAAAAUAUUUAUUGAUAAAAAACAAAUAUAUAAUUUAAAAUGGGAAAUAAAAAAUUUAAAUAAAACUCGAAAAAAAAAAAGAAAUAUUUUCUUUAAAGAUUUAAUAAAUAAAAAUAAUGUUAUUUUUUCAACAUGUUCAAGUACAUCUAAUUAUGAAUUAAAUAAAUUUGUUAAAUUUUCAAAUUUCUUAUUCGAUGCUGUGUGUAUAGAUGAAUGUUGUCAAUGUACUGAACCAUUAUGUUAUAUUCCUAUUUCAUUAUCGAAAAAAAAUGUAUUUUUAUUUGGUGACCAUAAACAAUUAUCCCCAUUAAUAAAAUAUAAUAAACAUAAAAAUAAAUUAAAUAUUACCUUAUUCGAAAGAUUAAUUAAUAAACAUAAACAAAAUAUAUCUUUCUUGUUAAAUAUUCAAUAUCGUAUGAAUAAUUUAAUAUUGUUAUGGUCCAAUAAAAUAUUCUAUGAUCAAAAAUUAGUAUCUCACAAGUCAUGUAAGGAAAUUACCGUGGAUGAUCUUUUUUCAUCAAAUCGAGUAAAUCAAAAGGAAAAUAUAAAAUCCAAGGACAAUAAGGACAAUAAGGAUAAUAAGGAAAAUAAAGAAAAUAAGGACAAUAAGGAAAAUAAAGAAAAUAAAGAAAAUAAGGACAAUGAUAAGAAAAAUAAAAAUAAAAAUAAAAAAAAUAAAAAUAAUAAUAAAAAUAAUAAUAAAAAUAAAAAUAAUUAUAAUAGCAAGAAAAAAAAAAAUGCUAGUAAUAAAGGCACAAAUACAGACAAUGAAGAAGAAAUGCAUAAUCAUACUAAUAACCAAGCAAAUGAUAUUAUUCAAAAUUAUAAUUAUUGUCCUAUUACUUGGAUUGAAACCGACGGAUUUGAUGAAUUUUUGGAGGAUAUUGAUGAUAUUGAUUUAAUGAACAUGGAAUCCAAAAAUGUAGACAUAAGUGAAAAGAAAAAUGGUAAUUCGAAAGAUCUAAAAAUUAAAGGAAAGGAUAAUGUCGAUCAAAUAAAGUGUAAUGAUAAUAAUAAAAAUAAUGAUGAUGACAUAAUUAAUAAAAGAUCAAGUGAGGAAGAGAGAAAAAAAAGGAAGAACUCCCCAAAGGAUCAUAUAAAUAAUGAUUUAUCUGAAGACUCAGAUGAUUAUAAUAACAAUAUGUUAACCAAAAUGAACGAUGAAGAAUUAAUGAAGAUGGUAAAAAUAGAUGUAGAUGAUAUUCUAAACUUAAAUAACAAAUCCAGGAGUAAUAAAGGAGAAGCAUAUGUUAUAUAUAAAAUAAUCGAAAAAAUGAUUAAAAUAGAUAAUAUUAAUAGUAACAAUAUAUGUAUUAUUACACCAUAUUCGAAACAAACUAAUUUAUUAAGAAAUAUUUUUUAUGAUAAUAUAUAUAAUGAUCAACAUUAUUUAAGUACAUAUAAAAAUAUUGAAAUAUCAACAGUUGAUUCUUUUCAAGGUAGAGAAAAAGAAAUUGUAGUCUUUUCAUUAGUGUGUUCAAACUACUUUAAAAAUAUUGGUUUCUUAAAAGAUUACAGAAGAUUAAAUGUAGCAGUAACAAGAGCAAAGAGACAUCUUGUUAUUGUAGGAAAUUCAAAUACUAUAUCAAAUGAUGAUGUAUUAAACCAGUUAUAUGAAACCGUUUUGGAAAGUGGCAAGGUUUAUUUGGUAAAUGAGUUGAUAGAUGUGGAAGCAGUUAUAUUAAACACAUAA